AUGAGUGCGGUGCGCCUCAGCACGGGUGAGCUCGCCUCGCCGGCACCCCAGCACUUGCAGGGCGGCAGCGGGGUGCCGCUUGAGCCUCUCAGCCGCACGCCAUUCCAGCCCAGGGCCUUCACGGUUUUGGGUGGCAGUGUGCUGGCCGUGCCUCAACAAGCGUACAUCCCACAGCCCCACCCAAGACGCCUUGCAAUCAAGCGCCCUGCAGGGCACAUGCUGCCCACGGUGGGGCUGGGCGUGUACAAGAGCGCCAGCGGCGGCGAGUGCUACGCCUCAGUGCUGUCGGCGCUGCGCCUUGGCUACCGCCACAUAGACACGGCGCAGAUAUGUGAGCAGGAGGCGGCAGCGGAUGUCGCGGUGGCAGACUCUGGGGUGCCGCGUGGAGAAAUAUUUCUCACCACCAAGAUGUGGCUCAGCAACUGGGGCUAUGACAAGGCGGCCGCGGGGGUCAGGCAGAGCCUGGCGGAGCUGGGCACCCUCUAUGUGGACCUCUUCCUGCUGCACGCCCCCGGCGACCCGGGCCUACGGGCCGAGACGUGGCGGGCGCUGGAGGAUGCACAGAAGGAGGGCUUGAUCCGCUCCAUCGGCGUCUCCAACUUCGGCAUCCCCCACCUCAAGAAGCUGGCGCAGAGCGCGGCGGUGCAGCCGGCGGUGAACCAAAUCGAGGUGCACCCCUGGCUGCAGCGGCGGGAGCUGGUGGCGCAUUGCAAGGCCGAGGGGAUCGUGGUGGAGGCCUACUCCCCGCUGGCAAAGGCCCAGAAGCUGGCGGACCCGGCGGUGGGCGCCAUCGCGCGGCGCCUGGGCGUGUCCCCCGCCCAGGUGCUCAUUCGGUGGAGCCUGCAGAAGGGGCUGGUGCCGCUGCCCAAGUCCAACAACCCAGACCGCCAGCGCAGCAACCUGGAUGUGCUGAGGUUUGAGCUGUCGGCAGCUGACAUGGCCGCGCUUGAGGGGCUGGAGGAGGGGUUGAUCACAGGCUGGGACCCCAUUUCGGAUGCACCCGUGUAG